AUGACUGACCUUUUCUCUGUCAUUGCGCAAGGCGCAAGCGUAGCCUGGGACAUUAAAGCUGAUCUCUCGCAAGUCUAUGGAUCGACCGAGAAAAGUGCCAUUCCAGGCGACGAGGAGAAGCAGCUCGGGCUCGACGGCGGGGAUGCGACAAGGACCAGGACGUUUGAGCCGAUAAAGGGAGAGGACGACGACGGCGCCGACGUCGACCGCCGACCGCGGAGCAGGAGCCUGCACACCGUGCAAUCGCAUCGAUCAUACGCCGGCGGGGAUGGCUACACACGCUGGGAUGAGGACGAGGAGCCCGCCGCGCCCCACGAGCAGUUCGAAGUCACAUGGGACACGCUACCAGCGUCGCAGGCGUCGGCGGACGUCCAGAACCCUCGUCUCAUGAACACGGCCAGGCGGUGGCUCAUCGUGAUUAUCGUGUCGUCCAGCUCGCUCUGCGUGACAUGCGUGUCGUCCAUUUACACUAGCACCUACGGCCAGCUGGUCCCCGAGUUCCACAGCUCCAGACUCGUGGCUACGCUAGGCCUGUCUCUCUUCGUUGCGGGCCUGGGCCUUGGACCUAUGAUCCUUAGCCCCCUAUCUGAAUUUUACGGCCGUCGACCUAUCUACGUCGUCUCCUACAGCUUCUUUCUGAUUUGGCUGAUCCCCUGCGCCGUCGCGCAAAACAUGGCCACCACCCUCGUGGCCCGCUUCCUCGAUGGCCUUUCCGGAUCGGCCUUCCUGAGCGUGGCUGGUGGAACCGUCGGCGACUGCUUCGCGCGGCACGAGCUCUCAGCCCCAAUGAUGAUUUACACAGCGUCGCCGUUCAUUGGGCCCGAACUUGGCCCUCUGGUCGGAGGCUUCAUCAACCAGCACACCAGCUGGCGAUGGACCUUCUACGUGAUGCUGAUCUGGGCGGGCGCGCAGCUGGCCGCCAUCGUCUUCCUGGUUCCGGAGACGUACCACCCGGUGCUGCUGCGGCGCAAGGCGGCGAGGCUGCGCGCGGAGACGGGCAGUGAGGCGUGGAGGGCGCCGAUCGAGAAGCUGGACAAGUCGGUCAGCCAGACGCUGCUCUGGUCGUGCGUGCGGCCGUUCCAGCUGCUCGUAUUCGAGCCGAUGUGCCUCAAUCUAUGCAUCCUCUCCUCGAUCCUGCUAGGCAUCCUGUAUCUGUUCUUCGGGGCUUUUCCCCUGGUCUUCGAGAACAACCACGGCUUCACGCUCUCGCAGGUGGGCUUGGCCUUCCUGGGACUGUUUGUAGGCAUGGCCCUGGGCAUCAGUACGGACCCGCUGUGGCGGAGGAAUUACGCGCGGCUCGUGCAGAGGCGCGAGGCCCAGGGGGGCGAGCCCGGGGGCGCAGAGCCGGAGUAUCGAUUGCCGCCGACGAUUGUGGGCGCUGUGAUCGUGCCAAUCGCCCUGUUCGGGUUCGGCUGGACGACAUACUCGAGCGUGCACUGGAUAGUUCCAAUAAUCUUCUCGACUCUGUUCGGCAUCGGAGUCAUCUGCGUGUACUCAGGGGUAUUCACGUUCCUCGUGGACUGUUACCCAUUGUAUGCAGCCAGUGCAUUGGCGGCGAACAGCUUCGCGCGGUCGAGCUUUGCGGCGGCGUUUCCGCUGUUCGGAGUGCAAAUGUACAACCGACUGGGCUACCAGUGGGCAACGUCGCUGCUGGCCUUCUUGGCCCUGGCCAUGGCCCCGUUUCCUUACUUUUUCUAUCGGUACGGCAAGCGGCUCAGGGGCAAGAGUCGCUUUGCAUCCGCGUAG